AUGUAUGAAGAAGAGACAGAAGAACAACCAGAACAAGAUGAAGAAUUCGAAGACAAAACUAUUGCAACCCAAAUGUGGAUAAGGAGAUUAGUAAACUCUGAAGGCAUUUUUGAAUCUCCAAUAGAUUUAAACGUGGCGAAAAUGAAAGAAAUAGAUCUAUCCUUAUUAGAAUGGGUUAAUUUUGAAGUUCCUCCAAAAAAGAUGAAAGUAACAAAUACAGGACAUACAAUUAUUUUUAGUGCCAAAUGGGGACAAGAACGACCUUACAUUACUAAAGGACCAUUCUUUGGAAAAUAUGUCUUUUCCAAUUGGCAUUUGCAUUGGGGAGCUAAUGAUAUGGAAGGAAGUGAACAUACCAUCGAUGGUAGUCAGUACCCUGCAGAAAUGCAUGUAAUAACAUUCAAAAGUGCAUACUUGACACAAGAAGCUGCUUUAAAGGAACAAGAUGGAUGUGCAACACUGGUGUAUCUUUUUAAGUUGCAAGAUGCGCCAAAUCCAGCUUUUCAAGAUAUAAUCAACGUCUUAUCCAGUAUACAAAAAGCGGGAACCUCGAUGAGAUUAGAACCGAAGCCAAUUAACUGUCUUCUACAAGAGUUCGAAUCGGAUUACUUCUUUUAUUGGGGCACAGUGAGCACUUCGGGAUGCACACAUUAUCUAAUGUGGUUAAUUUGUAGAGUUCCUAUUGGCGUUUCUAGAGAACAGAUUGACACUUUACGUUUCAUAUUCGAUGAGAAUGGAGAGCAAUUAAAGAAAAACUUCAGAGGAGUUCAACCGGCAAAUAACAGAACAGUACUUCACAUAUGCCCAUCGACCUCAAAAUAUAGCACCCUCCUUCCAGCACUUACCAUAACUAAAACUUUCAAAGGUGAAAACUUUAGUGACCAUUAAGGCAACAACAAUUCUCACAGAUAAAAUUGAUACUGCA